AUGGGGUCAGCGGUCGACCAUGCCCGCGAGGAGUUCGCGGCUAUUCGCACCGGGCGUGCUAACCCCGCCAUGUUUAACAAACUCAUGGUCGAGUACUACGGUACCCCUACCCCGCUGCAGCAGCUCGCCAGUUUCCAGAAGGCUAUUCGGGAUUCCGACCUAGGAGUCAACCCCUCCAACGAUGGCAACGUGGUGCGUUGCGUCCUUCCAGCUCUGACUGAGGAGCGCCGCAAGGAGUACAUCAAGAUGGCCAAGACUAAGGCUGAGGAGGGGCGUAUCGCGGUCCGCAACGUCCGUCGCGCCAGCAACGAUGUUGUCAAAAAGCAGGAGAAGGACAAGGAGAUCUCUGAGGACGAGAUGACUCGUCUGGAGAAGGAGCUUGACCAGGUCCACCCGCAACCUGAGAAGAAGACCACGGCCGCACGGACUCCACGUGCCGGCCGUGAUCUUCCUGCUGCCAUCACUACGGGCGUAGUGCUGUGCGGUGCCGUCAUCGGCACCGUUGGAUGGUGGCAUUGGGGUUUCGUGUUGUUGAUGACCUUGGCCCUUAUGGCCGGGGCCAUUGAGCUUCAUCGAGCGAUGGUUCGUUUGGGAAUGGACUCCGCGGUAGUUCCGAUAUGCGUCGGCACCGCAGUUAUGGUCAUUGGGGCAUAUGCGGCCUCGACCCUGAAGCUUCACAUCCUGCCCAAUACCUUCCUGGUGGUGACGUUAGGUGCGACGACAGUUGCCGCAAUGGCGUGGCGACUGCCACGCGGGUCGCAUGGCUUCGUCAAGGACGCUGCUGCCAGCCUUUUCACUAUCGCCUACUUGCCAUUGCUUGGCUGCUUCGUUCCCCUCAUGAUGGGCGAUGACGGUGGUAGCCGCCGCAUCGCUACCUGGAUCCUCAGCGUCGUGGCUUCUGACACCGGCGGUUAUGCCGUAGGGGUGCUAUGUGGCAAACACAAGUUGGCCCCGCGUAUUAGCCCGAAAAAGAGCUGGGAGGGUUUUGCCGGGUCCGUCAUAACCGCAGCUUUCGUUGGAUGGGCCUGUUUGGGAGGAUUGCUGUCGGCGCCAUGGUGGGCUGGGAUUGUUCUUGGCGUUGUUCUAGCCUUGACCGGCACUGCGGGAGACCUUGUCGAGUCGAUGAUUAAGCGUGACGCUGGUAUCAAGGACAUGUCGAACUUCUUGCCCGGUCAUGGCGGGGUCAUGGACCGGCUCGACUCAGUGCUGUUUUCGGCGCCCUUCGCCUGGCUCGUCAUGUCCCUUGUGCUGUGA